AUUGAUUUCAGCAAACGGGAUUUCUGAGUCUGACCGGAAAAUGCAUUGCAGCAUUCUCCAAUUAAUCGGAUCAAAAGACUUGCAUUGUGAGAGUCGGGCUAAUAAAGUGUGUUGGACUAUAGUCUCUACAUGUUUGUGAACUCAGUGAGGACAAGCCAGCAAACCGUGGCAACACUUCAGCUCUUCUGUUUCUGAAGAUUUAGAAAUGUCAACUGAUUUCAGUGGAUACUGGAAAAUGAUAUCCAACGAGAACUUUGAAGAGUAUCUAAAAGCACUAGAUGUAAACAUUGCUUUGCGGAAAAUUGCGGUUUUGCUGAAACCAGACAAAGAUAUUGCUCAGACAGGAGAUCACAUGAUCAUUAAAACCAUCAGCAGCUUCCGGAAUUAUCUCAUGGAAUUUGAUAUUGGCAAGGAGUUUCCUGAGGAUUUAACUGGGAUAGAUGACCGCCAAUGUACGACCACAGUGAAUUGGGAUGGAGAUAAACUUGUGUGUGUACAAAUAGGAGAGAAACAGGGUCGAGGAUGGACACAGUGGGUGGAAGGUGAUGAACUGCAUCUGGAACUGCGGGUUGGUGAAGUAAAAAGCAAACAGGUCUUUAAAAAAGUCCAAUGAAGAACCUCAGCACACAAUCGCAAACUAAACAUAAAGGAGAUGUGCCAGCUAAAGACAGAGAAUCUCGGCAGCCUCUAAUGUAAAGCUGUUCAACACAGUUAAAUGUUCACCUUAUCAAAAGAUACCAGAAAUAACACAUUCUAUGAAAAUAAUUUGAAUAUUAUUUGGAUGAAAAUUUAAACUAAUUUGAUCUCUUAGGUACCUUAUUUUUUCCAAAAAUAAUAGUUUACUAAAUUGCAUUUAGUUUAAUAUUGUGUUUGAAUUUGCAGUUUGUGAUAUCUCCUUUUAUCUGUAUGGAGAUCAGUCUAUCUUCCUGCUUUCCAAUCAUGCUUUCUAUGUCUUGUCUUACCUAUCUGUUUUUCUUUCACACUCUCAUUUUCAAAUCGCUUUCUUAUUCAGCCAUUCAGUUUUGUGAAGAUAAAAGAAACCAUUCUUUUUUCUCUCAUCUUGCAUCCCUGUCAUUAGUCAAUGUAAACUGGGAAUUGUUUUUGCUUCUGACCUUCAGAAACAUGGUUUUCACUCCCUUUGCACAGUGUGCUGCACUUUAUCCUUAGACCUGCACUUUCUGCCUACUUUUAUGACUUGAACUUUGCAGCCUAAAUGAAUUUUAAUGAAAUGCAUUGUAUCAGUCACCAUAUCUGACUUGAGUUAGUUAGCACUUGGAUAUUGGUUUGAUCUUUAUUGCUGUUGCUUCUAUUCAAACAAAACAGUUUGCUUAAGCAAGAUAAGCUUUGAUCAGCAUUUCUGUAGGCUCUUCAUAAAGAAUAUUGGGCCAUUUGAGUUAAAGUAAAUUGGAAAAUGUCUUCAUUGUACAAAUAACUCCUCCUCCAAGUGUUCCGUGGCAUAAUGUAUUUUGUGAACUUUAUUGAAUAUGUUAGUAGACAUUUUUAUUCAUUCAUGGGAAUAUGGCUGCCAUUGGCUAGACCAGCUGCUAUUGUCCAUCCUAAUGGCCACUGAGAAGCAGAAAAGUUGCAAUCCAAGUUGGGCAGGUACACUGGCAGAGCUGUUAGCAAGGUAGUUCCAGGGCUUUGAGCCAGAGGCAAUGAAGUAACAAUGAUGUAAUUGCAAGUCAGGCCACUGUGUUCAAGAGGACCUUGCAAUUGGUGGUGUUCCCAUGUGUCUGAUGCCGUUGCCAUUUGAAGUCAGGGUUUGGAAAGUGCAGAUGAGGAAGCUUUCAUGAGUUACUGUACUGCAAAUUGUGCAUGAUAUACAGAUCUGUUACUAUGUAUCAGUCAUGUAGAAAGUGAACAUUUAAGGGGGUAGUGUGCCUAUCAAGUAGGCUGUUGUGUCCUGAAGGCUGAUGUCAAUCUUCUUGAGUGUUGGAGUUUAAGUCUUCAGCACUAUUGCCAGGCCCCAUCGCCUUUACAUAAUCUAUCCAGUGCAAAUAAAUAUUCAUUAGCACAGAGUUUAAACUUAAAUAUUCAGUAGCACAGAGCUUAAAUGUUGUUAAAGAUAGGCAGAAGGCAAAAGCGUUUCAUCUUGCAUUCAUUUGGAUUGAAAUACAAGAAAAAAACAACUUAAGAAGAAUGCAGCAAUUUGUAAAGAGUCAGUUUAUUUCAGCUAUUUCCUUGAUAUGACAGAGAGUGAAGCUUGGGACCUCAGGAGGAGGCUGAGAUGGAUCAUCUGUUCAGCAAUUCUGGAUAAAGAUACUUAAUGCCACUAAUACUCCUAAAUCAAAAUAAAAGCCUUGUGUCUUAACUUGAGAGCAAAAGAUAAAGUCAGGUUCUUCUAUUAUACUCUAGGUUAGAGUGGUGCUAGUAAAGCACAGCAGUUCAGGCAGCAUCUGAGGAGCCGGAAAAUCUCUCCACCCUGC